AUGUUUAACUGGGUGGUGAAAGUGGUCCCUCAGCCUCCGGAGUCCUCUGGUGAAGAAACCGCAAAGGCUCCUGUGAAGAAUCCACCCAAAGCCAAAGGAGUGCCCCCAACAAAGAAUCCACCUUUGAAGAAUGCUGAUGAAUUUUCCGUUGACAGCCAAAGUCAGAGUGGAGUUAUGGGCUGGUUGUCCACUGGUUUUGUCAGUGCGCUGCCUCAGCCGGCUGGAUCCCCGCGACUGAGCAAGGCUGAGGGUGAAAAGGGGUCAAAAGUGUUUGGGUGGGUUUCCAGUAUUCUGCCUCAGCCUGAAGAGAAAUACAGAGAGAGUCCGGACAUCGAAAACGAGGAGCACACUGAGAUUUAUGAUGUGAAAGCAAUGCCAGAUUAUGACCCGUUACCUCACAUUCCUGUGGUGGAGAUGGUCUCGGAUGAUGAAGAGGAGACUGGGCAAAAGUCAGCAUUCCCACCAAACGUUUCCCAAUGGCUAAAACAGGUGAUGCCUCAGCCGGUGCCACCUGGUACAGUGGUCGCUGUACCUUCAAAGUCUCGCUCCUCACUGGACAAAAUCUUGUCCCCUCCUCCUGAAUCUCUAAGUGGUAUCUCAUUGGAUACAGACAGUAAAGUGGGAAGUGUGGUGGGUUGGUUUGUGUCUGGCCUUGGCUUGAAGAUACCGCAGCCUCCAUCUAAGGACGAUGGCUCUGCUGAGGUUCUACAGAGAGCGUCGUCCAAACUGCAGCCUGUCAUGGUGCUGGAGGAUGUGGACUCGGACGAUGAGCUCCACACCCGCACUGUUCCAACCACAUCCCUGACCCCCCCUUCACCGGCCGCCCGCCAAUCCCCCGGAGAGCCCGCCCCGACCCCAGAGCCACCUCCAAGUCCAACCAUGGACGCUGAGACCCAGACCGGCCGCUGGACACCGUUCAUGGAGAACAUAAAGAAGGAGGCUGAAGAUAUGGCAAUGGCAACAAUGGAAGAACGUCUGCAGCAGGAGCGUGUGGACAUGGCGCGUAUAGCUGAGGAAGUGGCCAGGCACACAGCUGAGAUGGCCAUUAGGCAGAUGGCCGCAGAGGGACAGUCCAUUAAGUUUUCUUUGAGCAGCCAAGAUCAGCUGGAGGAGCCUGAUGUCGAGCUGCCUGUGGCUCUGGAGGAAGAAGCUGAAGAGGAGCCAAGCAAAGUUUCAGAAAAAGAAGCAACACUUGCUUUGGAUGAAAACUUGGAGAACGCUGUUGAACCUCCUCUGAAUGAACCAGAACCCGUUCAGAACAAAAGCGAGGUAGAGACACAAGUAGAGCCAGAUCUCAACCCUGAAGCCCCCCCAGACCCACCCCCAGAGCCACAAACAUUAACUGACGUCCAAGAGGCCACUUCAUCAACUGAACCGGUGAUCAAGCAGCCACAGACAGCAGAGAACGGGAACACCAACAACACAGAAAAACCAGCUGACAAGGAGGAAGAAGCUGACGAUGGCUGCGGUGAGUGCUUUGGCAACAUCAACGCUUACUUCAAAGAGAACGGCUUCUCCUUUCCCAAAUGUUCUUCCCUGCCUAGAUGUCCUAAUCAGCUUUCAGACAUCACAAAACUUGUGCGCCACUGUCCCCUCACGCCUCCAUUGCGAUCUCGCACCCCUUCUCCCUCCUCUCUCAACGGCAGCAAUCUAGAGUUACCCAACGUGCCCUCCUACCCCCGCCUACCUGCUAUUGUCAGCUCGCCAUCCAAGCAUCGGCCUGUCCGCCCGCUCUCAGGCCUCAGUAACCCUGCCUUCUUCAUUGAGGAUGACUCCCCUCUCAGACCUGCAGAAAGCUCCAUCAGCCUCCGUCCUGCUGUCAACGUGGAGGAUGUGGACUCCGCUCAUGAGGCGGCAGGACGAGGAUGUGAAGGAGGAGCGGAGGAGGCCAGUGCCCCAAACCAGGACCCCAAACUCACCACACUGACCGUCCCGGUGACCCCGGCUGGACGCCAAAGCAAAGGGGAAAAAGACAGAAAGCGUCUUAGGACUUUUGCCAGCCGAAUAAUGUAUUCUCAAAGUGAAGAUGAUGAUGAAGAGGGCCCUGUCCAAGCCUGGCCGAGUCAGUCCAGUCUGCACAGUGAUGAUGCUUUGAAAGAGCGGCCUGCAUCUUCUGCCAGUCAAACCAGUGCUGUGGUCAAUGAGCGUCUACAGGAGCUGAUCAAAAUGUUCAAAGAGAGAACGGAAAAGGCCAAAGAGAAACUCAUAGACCCAGACAGUUCUGAUGAAGACAGUGUUGUUCAGUCUCCUCCUCAGGCCACUACUGCAGCGCCCUCUGGUGUUCAGCCAGAGAACGGGAGCGAUGGAGCGCCUGCAGAAGCAAUAGAGAAUGAGGCGGUAGGAGACCCAGAGUCUGGCUGCUGCAAGGUGAAAGUCCCUCUGUGGAUUAGAGCCUGUUUGCACUACCGCUUCCCUGCCAGCAUCGACCCCUUCACCAACCUAAUGUACGUGCUUUGGAUGGCCCUGGUGUCUUUGGCCUGGAACUGGAAUGUUUGGUUCAUUCCCGUGCGCUGGGCUUUCCCAUACCAGACCCCAGACAACAUUUACUACUGGCUUCUGGCUGAUUAUGUAUGUGACCUCAUUUACAUUUUGGAUAUCACAGUGUUCCAACCACGCCUGCAGUUUGUCCGCGGAGGGGACAUUGUGAGUGACAAAACGGAGAUGAGGAGAAAUUACAUGAAGACAAAGCGUUUCAAGUUGGAUGUAGCGAGUCUGGUGCCACUCGAGCUUUUCUAUUUUAAAACUGGCAUCAACCCUUUGCUGCGGUUGCCCAGGCUGCUAAAGAUAAACUCAUUUUUUGUGUUCAAUGAGCGGCUGGAGGCGAUUUUGACCAAAGCUUACAUCUAUAGAGUGAUUCGUACCACAACAUAUCUUCUUUACUGUCUCCACUGCAAUGCCUGUCUGUACUACUGGGCCUCAUCUUACAAGGGACUAGGGUCAACUCAAUGGGUCUACAACGGUGAAGGCAAUAGCUACAUUCGCUGCUACUACUUUGCUGUAAAGACCUUGAUCACCAUUGGAGGUCAUCCAGAUCCCACUACCCUUUUUGAGAUAGUCUUCCAACUGAUUAACUACUUUGUUGGGGUUUUCGCUUUCUCCAUUAUGAUCGGACAAAUGCGAGAUGUGGUUGGUGCAGCCACAGCGAGUCAAACGUACUACCGCACGUGUGUGGACAACACUAUCAAAUACAUGUCGUCCUAUCGUAUCCCAAAGGAAGUGCAGAACCGUGUCAAAACCUGGUACAACUACACCUGGCAGUCACAAGGCAUGCUUGAUGAACAGGAGCUUCUGACCCAGUUGCCUGAUAAAAUGCGGAUGGAUAUUGCCAUAGAUGUAAAUUAUUCUAUUGUGAGCAAAGUUUCACUUUUUCAGGGUUGUGACCGACAAAUGAUUUUUGACAUGCUGAAAAGCUUGCGCUCUGUAGUCUACCUUCCAGGAGAUUAUGUCUGCAAAAAGGGAGAAGUGGGUCGUGAGAUGUACAUUAUUAAAGCAGGAGAAGUUCAAGUGGUUGGAGGACCUGACGGGAAGACCGUUUUUGUUACCCUCAGGGCAGGAUCUGUCUUUGGAGAGAUCAGUUUGCUUGCAGUUGGUGGCGGAAACCGGCGUACAGCUAAUGUGAUUGCCCAUGGCUUUGCCAACCUUUUUAUUCUGAAUAAGAGAGAUCUUAAUGAAAUCUUGGUUCACUACCCUGAAUCAAAGAAACUGCUUCGCAAAAAGACCAGAAAAAUGCUUAACAAAGGCAAGAAACCUGAGCCCAAAGAAGAGCCCAAAGAGCCUUCACAGGCCCCCUCAGCUCUGGUCAAAACGGAGACCCCCAAACUGUUACGAGCUGCUCUGGAGAUGACAGAACGAUCCACUGGACUCAGAGAAGCUUUGGCCAAAGUGAAGGAGAAGACAAACAAGUCCAGCAUCUCAUUACAGCCAUCUAUAGCCUCCACUGCCCCCACUCCAUCGCCAGACAGAGACACACCGUCGCCCCUCUCCAGCAGAUCUGCCUCUCUGCUGGACAGUUCCUCUCCUCUGCCCCUCUCUUCAUAUGCAGACACUGAGCAGCAGGGACGAGAUGCAGCAUAG